AGUGGUGUCAACUUCAACGUAUACCCAUUUCUGUGAGACGUUUGAAAAAUGUCAUAUCUCAUUAAGCACUCUGCCAUUGGCACGCUCCUGAGGUUCGUUGCUUCGGGUAAGAUAUCGUAUCGUAGGGGCACGGCACCGAAAAUCGUCUCGCCGGCGUCGACUUCGCUCAACUCUGCUACACCGAGACCCAGUGGUUCAAGAGAGGAUGUGUCCAGCCAGGAGAAGGAAGAAGCUGGGAUUGCGGUGACGAAUCUUGUCGACUGGAGCGGCCCUGAGGAUCCCAGUAACCCACAAAACUGGCCGUUCCACCAGAAGCUCAUCAUCACUGCGGUGCUCUGCUUUUGGACAUUUGCGUUGUACGUCGGAUCCUCCAUCUACACUUCCAGCCAGCAACACGUUGUCGAGAUCUUCGGCGUCACGCAUGCCGAAGGCGCCCUCGGUAUCGCCCUCUACGUCCUAGGCUACGGCGCAGGCUCUCUUCUCUUCUCCCCGCUCAGCGAAGUCCCCGCGGUCGGCCGUAACCCCUCCUACGCCAUCUCUGGCUUUUUCUUCAUCAUCCUCUGCAUCCCCACGGCCUUGGUAAACAACUAUCCUGGCCUCAUGGUCCUCCGCUUCCUGCUCGGCUUCAUGUGCGGACCCUGCCUGGGCAUUGUGGGUGCCUCCUUCGGCGACAUCUGGUCGCCCGCCCCGUUCUGCUACUCCAUCGCGCUGUGGUCGAUGGCGGCUACCGCAGGUCCCGCAAUGGGUCCCACGCUCUCGUCCUACGCGGUCGAGGCUAUGGGCUGGCGGUUCUCAAGCUGGGAACUGCUCAUGAUCUCGGGGCCGUUCUAUGUCCUGAUGGUGUUCUUCCUGCCCGAGACCAGCGCGCCUACGAUUCUGUACUACGAGGCGAAGAGGAGGCGGGAGGAAACCGGGAACCUGAACUUGGUCAGCGAAGCCGAGCUCAAGCAACGCGAUCUCCACGUCGGCGCGCUCCUCUGGGACGCGCUGGUCAAGCCCUGGGUCCUCAACGUGAAAGACCCGGCGUUGGGCUUCACAACGCUGUACCUGGGCCUCGCAUACGGCAUCUUCUACUCCUUCUUCGAGUCUCUCCCCAUCGUCUACCCCACCGACUUCGGCUUCAGCUCCACCUCGACCGGCCUCAUCUUCCUCACCGUGCUCCCGGCAGGCACAGUCGCCUUCGUGAUCCAGUAUUUCUACCUCAAGCACCGCGUCUUCCCCGCGCUCUUCUCGGGCCAGUUCGGCGAGCUGGAAAACCACUUGCUCCCCGGCGUCGUCGCGUCGCCGCUCAUGCCCAUCGGGCUGUUCAUCUAUGCGUGGACGGCCCGCGCCGAGGGCAGCCACUGGAUUGCGCCGACGAUUGGAUUUGGGCUGAUCAUCAUUGGCGUCUACUUCAUCUUCCAGUCCAUUCUGCUGUACAUCCCGAACAUCUACCCGCGCUAUGCCGCCUCCAUCUUCGCGGCGAACAGCCUGGCGCGCAGUCUACUCGCCUUCGCUGCCAUCCUGAUCGCGCGGCCCAUGUUCGAGAAGCUGGGUGUAGAUGGUGGUGUGAGCUUCCUCGCAGGCUUGAUGGUGUUAUGUAUGUUUGGUAUCUGGGCCAUCUAUAAGUGGGGCAAGGUGUUGAGGCAAAGGAGUAAGUUUGCCGUUGCGUAAGCGGGUGGGCCUGAGACCGCGCCGCGCCAAAGGCUGGUAUGUCGUAAGUAGUUGGGUAGACGGUUGGACAGUGGGAAUUGGGACACCAUCUGGCACACGUUUUGAUAUGUUCAAAGGCGCAUGUGAAAUGAAGAGAACGAUAUGACCGUCUCGCAAUUAACAAGGCGUUUAUGAGGAGUUUGUCUGUUAGCAUUGUCAAUUUGUUAGGUUUUACUCAAUAUCUGUCUACCUUGGUGCCGCAUCCAAAUCGGGUGACAGAGGGUAUUCAAAC